UCUUUCUUUAAGCCUUCAAUGUAAUCUCCUGCAGUCAGGUUCAAACUGAGGUUCUGUUCUUCAGUGAAAACACCAACAGACUCAGACAUUUAGAACAAACUGAGCGUCGAUCAGCAGAAAGAAGAACACGGAAAUGGCUGCUGUGACCGCGACGCUCUGCUCAACGUUGCUGUUUGUGUUUGUCUCUGCAGAGCAGAAAAACAUCACAGCUGAGUUUGGACAGAACGUCACUCUGACAUGUCGAACUCCAAACAACAUCAUAGGUGUAAAGUGGAGCAGAGCUGACCUGGGAGAAGAAUAUGUGCUUUUUUACCGGAACGGGUGGUUAGAUCCAGAUAACCAGCAUCCAUCCUUCAAGAACCGGGUGGAUCUGCAGGACAGACAGAUGAAGGAUGGAAACGUGUCUGUGAUCCUGAAGAACGUGACAAUUAAUGAUGAGGGAACAUAUGAGUGUGGCGUCUUUGAGAUAGGAGCAAACCAACGGAAGCUCCUCAGCAUCAUCUACCUGAGAGUUGCUCCUCCAGGUCCAGGAGGAGGAACCACAGAGGAUGGAGGGAAGGAGGAUGGAAGGAAGGAGGAUAGAGGGAAGGAGGAAGAUGGAUUUCUUGGACUGAUCGUUGGUCUGUCAGUCUCUGCUCUGCUUAUUGUUGUUUGUGUUGUUGGUUUUCUGAUCUACAGAAAACGUAAAAACAAACCAGAUGAAGCCUCAUACCAGCCUCCUCCUGAACAGCAGCAGCUCUGAAGUGUCUCAGAGCUUUUUAGACAACAACGAGCCCCACAAUGUUUGAAUACCAACAAAAAGCACAGACACCAAGAGACAAAGAAGAAAACAGGUGGAUGGCAGGGAGCAGCUCAUCUGUCAGCAGAGACAGACCGUUAUUAAAAACAUAUUCCUCUGUGUCUGUGGGAGUGUGUCAGGAAACUAGAGUCAGUGAUGACACCAAGUAAAGAUAAAGUUAAUAAGAUGCUGCCUAUUAGAAUAUGUUUACAAUGUUAAAGCUUACAUAAUCUCAGUGUUUUUUUUACUUUGAUGUAGAUUAAUACUUUGUUGUUUUGCAUUUUUGGUCAUUUGGAAAAUUGCAAACAUUAUUAUUAGGAGUAAAACAUACAGUAGUAGCAGUAGUAGCAGUAGUACUAUUCCAUUUAACACUGCUGUAAGCCUUGUUUCUCUGUUACAGAACAAACUGACUCUGGAUCAGUUACAGUUAUUAGAUCUACUCUCAGAAAAACCUGGAAGCUUUUCUAAUGUUCAUCAAACCACGUCAUUAUUGAUUUAUUGAUUUGUAGUGAGGUGUCAGAUAUGGUCUUCAUGCAGACAGAGUUACAGAUGUCUGUUAAAUGUAUUAAGACAGCCUCGUUAGUUCACCUGUUCUGAGGCAGCUCACAGAGUUUGAACACACUGAGGAGGAAAUAUUUAAUUCAGUUGUUUUCAGUCAGGUUCUACUCUGUUAUGGACACAGACAGCCCCCCUGAUGGGGGCGCAUGUGUAGCUGCUGCAUUGAGUCCAUGUGGUCACAGAGAAACCAGGAAAGCAUGCAGACGUCUGCACAGCCCGUCACGUUCUCCCUCUGAUGGUGGAAUUCAGAGCUGGCAGACUCGUGGAUGCUGAAAGGAUCUUUGCUGCUUUAGCUGCCUCUGAGCUUCAUCAAUCACUUUGUUUAUGGUUUGUUUCUCACUGUUCAUGAGCUCAGUGUGUGUUACAGCAUCAGGAUCAGUGUGUGUUUAUCUUUGUGUGUUCAGUGAUCAGCUGUAACUCAGUGACACAUUGUUGUGACAGUAUCAUGAAGCACAGAGAGAAAUCAUCUCCAUGUAUCUGCAGAGAUGUUUCCUCUGAUCUGUGAAGCUUUACUCAACUUUUCCUUCAUGAAGGAGACGCUUCAGUCUGUUUGUUACUUGAAAUCU